GGGAGGAGAAAUUGACUCGCUCCGGGGCUCAGGUGCGCUCGCUCGGCGUCUCUCGGCCGCUCCGCUCGCCGGAUGGAGCGGGCCCAGGCGGCUGCCGGAGGAGACCGAGCCGGGGCCGCGUUCCCAAUGGAGCCCCUGGGGCGCCAGGUGCCCGGGCCGGAGCCGCCGCAGGUCCCCGCGGAGGAGCGACGGCCCGAGAGUCCCGAGAGCAGCCCGAGUCCGGCCCGGGCCGCAAGGCAGGCGGCGGGUGCGGCCCAGGACCUCUCCGGCGGGAAGCAGGUGCCGUCGCCGCGUCCCGCGCGCCUGCGGCUCCCGCCCCCCGGCCUGGGCUACGGCGCCUUCCGCCGCCAGGCGUCCGCGGGCUCCGAGCCGCCGUCGCCCGGCCCCGCCGCGGCCGAGCAUUCCCGGGCGGGCGAGGCGCCGGGGCCCCAGCCGGUGCCGGGGGAGCCGCCGGGCGCCUGGGCCCCGGUGGAGCUGCAGGUGGACGUGCGCGUGAAGUCCGUGGGCGCGGCGGGGGGCAGCCGCGCGCCCUCGCCCGCGCCGUCCACGCGCUUCCUCACCGUGCCGGUGCCCGAGUCCCCCGCCCGCCCGCGCCGCGCCUGCCCCGCGCACCCGCUCCUGCAGUGGCCGCCGGCCCGGCCCGAGCGCGGCCCCGACGCCGAGCCCCCGGGCGCCCCCCCGGGCCGCGGCCGCUGCCGGGAGCCGGGGCCGCGCGGCAAGGAGGACGCCGCGCUGCUGCCGGGCGCCGACGAGAAGCUGCCCCGGGCGGUGGAGCUCGUAGGGCUGCCUGUGUACAUGAAGUCCCUGCGCUGGGCCCUGGCGGUCAUGGCUGUGUUUCUGGCCGUGUCCGCAGUCGCCAUUGUGGCUCUGGCUUCUAGAGCAGGGGCCAGGUGCCAGCCGUGCCCCCAGGGCUGGAUGUGGUCCGAGGAGCACUGCUACUACCUCUCCACCGAAGCUCAGGCCUGGGAGGCCAGCCAGGCUUUCUGCUCGACUCACCAUGCUACCCUCCCGCUGCUGAGCCACACCCAGGACUUCCUGAGCAGAUACCCAGUCAGCAAGCACUCCUGGGUGGGAGCCCGGCGAGGCCGCCACGGCUGGCACUGGAUCGACGGGGCCCCAGUAUCGCCCCAGCUACUCCCGGAGGACGAUGAGGACCGGCUGGAUCCCCAGUGCGGAGGCCUGGAGGAGGGCAAGCUCGUGGCCCUGGACUGCGCCUCGCCAAGACCAUGGGCGCCAGAUACACAGCAGUGCCAAGAAUGUACAGGAGAAAGACGGCAGAGGAGUGCCGACGACACGGACGCCGUCUGCGGCCCCUGGCACAGGGCCACCCCGAAGGUAACCACCCCGGGGCCUCUCCCACAUCCUCCUGGGAGGGGGGUUAAGGUCUGGACGGCUGUGGGGGGCGAGGCGCAGAGAGCAGCAGUGGCGCACAGCUGCCCAGUGCUCUGCACAGCCGUCCUGUCCGCGGAAAUUACCCUGCGUAAAACUCAGUGGCUGGCUUCGGUUUUCAAGAAGUCCCUUCUGAGGCUGGAGGAUACGUUAGUGACCCUCCUCCACCUUUUAACAAUUGGUGUGGUCAGCAAGAUACUGUAGACAAAGCAAGCUUGGGUCAAGGCCCGUGCUGGGGGAGAGCAGGUGGUCUCUGGGGAGGGUGGGGGAAGGGGCCGGCUGGGGGGCCCCACAUCCCAAGGUGGCCAACUACGGCCACGUGGGGAGAGAUGGCCGGGUCUCUGGAGCAUUUCGGGCCAGUGCGUGAAUGCGGAGACGUGUUAAAAUGCCCAAGGAGUUGUCAUGUAUGCUACCUGAGAGGCGGAGGAAGCAGAAGGGUGAGGGGGAUGGCAGCUUGGGUGUUAGAC